GUUUGUUAAAACGACUAUUUCACAAAAUAUCCCCCAAAAUAGGGGGUAUGUUCUGUGGACUAUUUUUCGCAGUAAUCUAACCUCAUAAAUUUGUACGGGUGUUCAUAGGAGCAACGUCGCAAAAGAUCAUUACUAGACCUGUCAGGAUUUUGCUGGUGCUUAAAAGGGGCCCAUCUAGUUGAAGGCCUAAAGGGCCCAAGUGGUAGUGCAGCUUGAAGGGGCUCUGUCGUGUCCGCGCCCCUGGACUCGUUUUAGCAGUGCCGCCCUACACAGCUGUGUGAUGGCCGAUUGCAAUGACGAGCUGAACGAGGAGAACAUAAUCAUCAAUGCCCAGGAUGGACUGCCCAAUGUCCAUCCCAUGCUGCUGCCCGAACAGGACAUUGAUGAGUCGCAGCUCUACUCAGAAGACGACGAUCUGGAAGGCCUGCCAUCGUCUCUGAUCGUCACCAACAUUCACGAGAGCGUCUUUGAAUGCCCUGAUAAAAAGCGCGAAAUGGAGAACUUGUUCAAGAUUUAUGAUCCAGAGGUGACCUUCCAUUGGCUGAAAAGCUUCCGGCGGCUGCGGGUAAACUUUGCCACCCCUUUGGCAGCGGUGACCGCCCGCAUCCAGUUGCAUCAGUACAAGUUCAACGACUCAGUGAUUACCUGCUACUUUGCCCAACCGGUCACUCCUGUAAAAAACUGCAGCCUGCAGCCUCCAGCCCCAUACAAGCAGUUUCUUAUAUCGCCCCCCGCUUCGCCGCCCCUGGAUUGGGAGCCGCGCCCUGAAGGGGAACCUAUUGUGAACUACGACCUGGUGGCCGCUCUGGCUACAUUGGCGCCUGGAGGCUCUCAUGAGCUGCAUCCUCCUGCUCCUGGUCAACCGAGCAUUGUGGUGCAUACAGCAGGCUUAAACCCCAAGACAGAUCUGAAGCCAAAGAUUGUCCACACGGCUCGUCCGGAUUGCGGCUAAGCUGGAGUGCUGCUAAGUUUUUUGUACAUAAAUUCAAGCAAAGUGCAACCAUGGAUCUCCUCAAAAAGUUCGCUCAAUUCCCCGCAAUCCCCUGGUUUAGUUGGUGAGAGCCGGCUUUGGAGCCACUCUUGCAUUUUGCCUUUGCCAAAUGGGUAUAUAUUUGAUUAAUUUAUUGCAAUGUUUUGUCUACUGUUUUUUUCUCAUUUGUUUCUUUUGUAACAUAAAUAUAUUUCGUUAAAAAAAAUUUGGAUUUUAUUCAGUG